AUGGCACAAAUCGCGCACGUAUCCUUCAAUGCAUUUCAGCCGAUCCGGGAGAUUGGAAGUGGAGCGUUCGGUAUUGUAUGGUAAGUGGAAAUAUCUCAGCUCGCGGUGGAGGUAUCAAAAAAGUGUCAACUGAUAAAAUGUGUAAAAUGUCUUCACGAACACUUUAUUAGUUGACAAUUUUUUGAUAUCUCCACCGCGAGCUGAGAUAUGUUGCGUUGAAAAAAAAACCGGUUUGCAGGGAGUGCACGGAUCCACGAUUAAGACGAAGAGUGGCUCUCAAAAAAGUGCCGAACAUCUUUAUGAAUCUGAUGACGUGCCUGCGAACGUUCCGCGAGAUUCGUAUGCUUUCGGGACUGCGCCACGACAAUGUCCUCUCGAUGAUCGACAUUCUGCAACCGGCCAACUCGCGAUUCUAUCAAGAAUUGUAAAAAGCUCGCUUUUUUUGUUCUUCAAACGACUUCUGGUCUCAGGUACGUCAUCACCGAGCUAAUGCAAUCGGAUCUGCAUCGGAUCAUCUUCUCGCACCAACCACUGACCAUUGACCACAUCAAACUGUUCAUGUAUCAACUUCUUCGAGGUCUCAAGUACCUGCACUCGGCCAACAUCAUGCAUCGGGACAUCAAGCCCGGCAAUCUGCUCGUCAACCCGAACUGUCUUCUCAAAAUUUGCGAUUUUGGUCUGGCGCGCCUCUGGGACCGCGAAAACGCGCAGAAUAUGACGCACGAGGUGGUGACACAGUGCUACCGAGCGCCCGAACUGCUCAUGGGCGCGCGUAAGUACACGGCGGCGAUCGAUGUCUGGUCCGUCGGGUGCAUUCUCGCCGAGCUGCUCCAACGAAGGAUUCUGUUCGAGGCGCCGAGUCCCAUCGAGCAACUCGAUAUGAUUAUCGAUCUGUUCGGUACGCCGGCGCCCGACGCGAUGAGAGACGCGAGUGAGGGCGCGAAGAAUCAUGUGAACGCGAAGGUCCCUCAGGGACCGAAGACGGAUCAGCUGGUUCAGAUGUCUCCGCAAAUGGACCCGAAUGCGUACGAACUGCUGCUCAGGCUGCUCACUUUUAAUCCGGACAGGAGGAUCAGUGUUGCGGCGGCGUUGGCGCAUCCGUACCUUUUCGACGGCCGCCAGAGGUUCCAUGCGGACGUGUGCACGUGUUGCGAUCCGAUGAGAAGAGCCGACGAUUUGGAGCCUGCCGUGAGUUUUUCCGACGCGUUACAGAAGGCUUGAUCAACUACAAACAUGUAGUACCAGAGAUGGACUUUAUUUUUCUAGUUGACAACUUUCUUGUAAAACCACUCCCUGGACUACUGUAGCUUCUAGAAGUUUGGACUUGCAAAAAGUGAAGUCUAGAACUACGAAACGAUACAGUAGUCCAGCGCGUGGGCGUAUGGAAAAAUGAUCAACUACAAAAGUAUAGUGCAAGAUAUGAACUUUAUUUUUCUAGUUGACAUCUUUUUCGUAAAACCACUCCCAGGACUACUGUAGCUUCUAGAAGUGUCCCGUCAUUCAAAUGUUCCAGCACACGGCGCCAUUCGACCCUCAAUGGGAGGAGGAUCUCGGCCGUAUGUCGAUGUUCGAGUUGCGCGACAAGAUUUACCAAUUCGUGUUGGAUCGGGUGCCGCCGCACGGCAUCCGUCUCUGCAUCGAUCCGCAAUUGGAGGCCAACGUGAACGUUGCGGGUCCGGCGCUCGGACAGGGACCCAGAUUGUCGCCGCGGAUGGAUGGACGGAAUUGA